AUGAGCGAUAGGGCCAAGCCGGGGAACCUGCAGUCUCCGUAUGAGACGUGUGGGUGGCUGACGCUGAAGGAAGGGUACUUGCAGAAGACCAAGCUGGCAAAGGGGCUGAUUCCGUCCACGAAGCUGCGCUGGUUUGCGCUCAAGCAGAACCCAAAGACGUACGAGAGCAGGCUGGAGUAUUACGAAGGCCGCACAUGCAAAGGCUGGAUCUCACUGCGGGAUGCCGUGGUGAUGCCGACGCGGAAGUUGGGCGCGUUCACCGUUACCACGUACCACAAGCACGGGGCUGCUACCGUGGCGCGCACCAUGAAGCUGCAGGGCGAGACGCACGACCAGCACAGCAGCACGGGCUGGGUUGUGGCGCUCAAGAACGCGGCAAAGUCAUACAAGGAGCACGGCAAAGACAGCCGCGCCCCGAGCGACGCUGGAAGCGUACAGCGACAGCAGCAGCAGCAGCAACACCACCAACAACAGCACGCUCAGGCUGAGGAUGAAGCACAGGCAGCAAAGCUGACCCCAGAGCUGUUGGACCGAUUGGAGAAUGACGAAAGCUCCGUGGCACAACGUGCCAACCGCACAGGUGGUGAAGAAUUGGACGGCGACGCCAUUGAUCGGGCUCGAUGGCAAGCCCUUCAACGUCGCUUCCAACACAGCUCAGAGGACCAGCAGCCAGAGGUUGACCUUGAGGAGGACGAGGACGUGCGACUGCUGCGGGAGAUGGAGGAAGAGGAAGAGCGACGCCAGGAGGAGGAGCGUCUUGCCUUCCUCGCCGAGCGACAAGCGAGACUGCAGCGGCAGGAAAGCGUGAGGGGCCUGCAGGACACUGUAUUGGAAGACGAUGGCGCGAUGAGCGAGGGCGACGAGUGGGACCCCGAGGAAGAGAUGCGGCUCAUGCGUGAGGCGGAGGAGGAAGAAGAGAGGAGACAGGAGGAGGAACGGCGCCUGUGGUUGGAGGAACAGCGCAAGAAGAAGGAGGCCGAGGCGUCGUAA